AUCUCUAUUUGCCUUUUUUAAUGUGGGAGGGGGUAUGUCUAGCCAUGUAAGCGUUUGAGAAUCUUUCCUGAGCCGCCUACCUCCUUUCGCCUCAAGGCAGGUCCUUUUCUUAGCCUGGGGUGGGCGUCCUGUCCCCCGUCACUCUUCUCCGGGAGCGGUUAAGUUGUUUAAGAUCCCUUCGCAGCUUAUGGGUGGCUAAAGUCUUCCGGACUCGGUCUCUGAGUGAUGGGGAUAGCGAGAUUCGCGGAGUCUGCCCCUCUCCGGAGGACUUAGAAACCUCCAGCCGCGGCCAGAGCUAGUGGAAGGUGGAGGGGCCCUGGGAGCUAGGUUCCUGUGGUUAGGGAACUAGGAAUAGAAUAGGUGUUGGGGGCGAAGGAACGGGUGGCAAGAAACAUUUCUUCUGUGGAGGUCGUGGUAGUUCUCUGAGAGGCUGUUCAUCCGCUGUUGCGGAGCGGGAGGCGUUGGAGUUGAGCUUGGUCUCUAAAACCCCUGCCCAUUUCUGGGCCGUCAGCUUCUUGCCUUCAUUUGUUUCUCCUCAGGCUGGAAGAAAUAGCUGAACAUGUGGAAUCCCAAUGCCGGGCAGCCAGGGCCAUAUCCACACCCCCCUAACGUCGGGUACCCUGGAGGUUGCAAUCCUGCCCAUCCACCACCUGCCACCCCUACCUUUCCUCCAGGCCCCUUUCCCACUCCCCCAGGAGCACCCCAGGGGAAUCCAGCCUUUCCCCCUCGUGGGCCCUGUCACCCUGUGCCACAACCAGGGUAUCCAGGAUGCCAACCCUCAGGUCCCUACCCCCCUCCAUACCCACCACCUGCCCCUGGCAUGUGUCCUGUGAAUCCAUUGGCUCCUGGCAUGGUAGGACCAGGAAUGGUGAUUGACAAGAAGAUGCAAAAGAAAAUGAGAAAAGCUCAUAAAAAGAAGCAGAAACACCACAAACAUGGCAAGCAUUCCUCCUCCUCCUCCUCUUCCAGCAGUGACUCUGACUGAACACAGGGCCUGGACCCUUCCCUCAAGUCUCUCCAGUUCUGCUCUCCCAUCAAGCUUCAGAUGCCAUCUUGUACUGGGGGAAAUUAGCCCUUGUGUCCCUCCCCCCGCCACCCCUGCAAUCUAAGCCUCACUCUGCUGUUCAACCCUAACUGGCUAGGGAAAAUGGGAAAAGAAUUGCCAUGGGCUAGCAAAGGCCGUCUUCCCACUGCUUGGAUAGAACUUUAAGCUGGUGAAUUUUGCAGGAGAACUAUUUUUUGAAAAUGGUGAGAUUUGAGCUAAAUGCUGCAGACAAGUCUAAGAUCUGUAAAAUGUGAUUUCUUUACUUUCUUUUGUAAUACUCAUGAUUGGGGAGAUGCUGUGGAAAUUUAAUUAUGGAAAGGAAAAAGCAACCUGUACCUUUCUUGUGAUUGUGGCAUGCUUGGAUGAUUUAGUGGCAAAUAAACAUUUCCCAGCAGGCGUUUUAUUGAUUGCACUCACUACAAGGCUGCUGGGAAGUGGAGUCCAUUUGGCUGAUGAGCUCUGACUGCCAUUUUGGAAACUGAUCUCUACUCCUUAGCUCAGGAUGCUAUCUCAGGUCCUCCUCUCACUCUCCAGCUCUCAGUCCAAAUAAAGCUGUUUCUCCUGG